GUUUUUGUUGAAUCGACAGAAAAAAAACGGAUGCAGACAUGCUCUCCACACGCUGCUGUUCUACAGCCUGUCUGAGUAUUGUCAAGGAAAAACCUAUCAGCAACAAACGAAAGACGUUUAUGUGUUCAAAUAUAUUUCGGACGACAUUAUGUCGUCACUGGAUGAUUUUCACAUUAAUGGCUGGUGUUGCGCUUUGUGCAUACAUGUAUGUUAUGCUACCGAGGACUGAAGGAAUAUCCAAGCAAACAGCAGCCAGAAGCAGACCUAACACUCCUUAUCAGCAAUUUUCAUAUAAAAAACAAGAAGAAAGGGGGACAAUCGAAGACAAAUAUGUGAUUUAUACAUGUAAUAUAAGUCACUGUGGGGGGUAUGCUGACAGACAAAAGGGGAUGGUAACAGCGUAUGUCUUGUCUGAAAUGCUUGGACGCAAGUUUGGCAUUAGUAUGAUAAGGCCGUGUGACUUCUCUGAGUUUAUAGUUCCAAGGGACGUUAAUUGGACUAUAGAUAUGAACUUAUUUGAAGGCAAGAGAAAGGACUGGUUCGUUAAUUAUAAAUUAAGUACGGGCGUUUUAUUCGAAAGAACCGAUUUGGAAGCAAUUUUUCAGAAAGAUGUAUUGAUGUACACGGGAAACAUUGAUUAUGUCUAUUCUCUUAUGAAAAACCCUUUGUUUGAAAGAGUACUUUGGGCCAAGAAGUUAAGCCACCUCGAUAUAUACAAAUACGCACUGGAGAAACUGUUUAAACUUUCUCCAAAGUCUCAAAAUGCACUAAAUGGUAUACUUGGUAGCAUUGGCCCAAAUUACCACAAACUGGUGUGUGCGCACAUACGUAUGGGUAAAAGCCUGACAAUUCCAAGAGAUAGAAUCAUGGCGAACCGUCCAAAUCAAACAGCUCUGGUCAGGUUCUUCAAAAAGAGGUUACACCUGGGUCGUGAUAAGUUAUUCAUUGCAACGGAUUCCGAUGAUGUCAGGGAACUAUUUCGUAAAUCUUUCCCUGACUCCUAUCUGGAGGUAAAAGGGGAUGUUCUUCAUAUUGAUAAACCACCGGUAGAAUAUGAGUGUUCUUCAAUGGAGAAGGUGAUUCUGGAUCAGUAUAUUCUCUCCAUGUGCGACACUCUGGUCAUGUCCAUCAGUGGCUUUAGCCGGCUGGCUGCCAUUAUGAGAGGGACGGAUCACGACUUGUAUUUGGCUCAUGGAAAUAACAUAUCACUCAGCCACAGAAUAAUUCCGAGCCCUCCUAAGUGUUUUCCUUACUUAUCCCAUACACAGCCUUGUCGUAAUUCCAUUACUGGUUAACCUUCCUGCCAACCCUAUUGCUGUCAACUUCUUUUCACUACUGUGGAGCUUAUGAACUGAAUGCAUAGCUGAGUUGCAAAGUCAUAUGACCCAAAUACUUCGACACAGUGACUUGUUGUUUGCGGUGUCUGGAUACAGCUAAAGUGGGUCAGUCUAGUCACGGUCCAGUGACUGCACCGCUUCCCUCGCUCUUAAGUGUUCGGCUUCCGUCACCAUUCGGCAAUGUCUAGACUAACACUUAGUCGCUGAAAGCUUAUAUUACACAAUAUCCUUCUUGACUCUAAAAAUAAUAAAAAAUCCCUGUGCUGAUUUCAGAACUAGCUUGAGCUGGCUAGACUUGCUUUUGUAAGCGUUUCUAGAUUACUAUUUUUUCAUAAAAUACAUAUAUUCCACAGUCAUGGUGCAGGACUAGGCAAUGUCCGGCGGUCGUCGUUGUCGAGUGUCUUUAUGUACAUUAUUAGGGAAUCGGUGAACCGUGAAUUAUAUUUUCUUGCUGUAUACUCACAUACUUUUAUCAUGUAUUGAUUUUAUAUAAGUUAUAUCAUAUAUGUUUGCUAUCUUCUGGGUACUAUUACCUACUAUGGGUAUUGAAAAUGUUGUUGUAACUUUGUAACGUUGAUUUUCACGCAUUAGCGGGAUUAUCUAGUACUUGUAGAUAUUUCUCCUGUAUGUAUGGUCAUUUCUUCCACCUCAAAAAGUGUACAUAUCUAUUUGUAAAUCUUUAGUAGUACCGUUGAAUAGCGUAUAUUCAGCCCUUUAUUUUAAUACAGUAAACUACGGUUAUAACGAACACGCUUAUAACGAACUGACGGACGUGGCAGAUGAGCUAUAGGGCUGAUCGCGAGAUGCUCCUACUCAUAGCUUGCGUGUUUUCAGAGCCUUACUUGGGCUAUACUUCCAUGUGCAUACUUCCAUACCAGGGAAGUUAGGGCUAUACUUCCAUGUGCAUACUUCCAUAACAGGGAAGUUCAAUUUGUACAUAAUGUGUUUAUUGUAAAUAUCUUGUGGGUUUAUUAAAAGGGUUGAUUGUCCGUUUUCAGUUAUAGUUUUCAUUUGAGGGGUUUCUUCUCCUCAGGCAGUUUUAAUCUAGUACUGACGUACUUUGGUUGUAUUGAGCUAAACGUAUACCUAAGGCUUUCAUACUCUAGUUUUUCUAGUUAUCUGUGGAUAACCAACCUUCCCAGCGAUUGCCUAGUUUAGGCCUAGGCCCUAAUAUUCACUAUUGUGAGUCAAGUUAUUCUUUCGGCCAAGUACCUUAUUAAUGAUUGUGAGUCUACAUACACUUUAGGUCAAAUAACUUGUAGUUUUGGGGAGUUUAGAAUUUCCUUGCCCAGUCAAAGUGACUGAGUCUUUAGUCAAUAAGACUAGUUUCAUAUUCAGGCGUUAUCGUGUAUUUUAUUGUCCAAGAGACUUAUUUUAGGGAUAGGUCUUCUGUGUUUAUUUUCCGCUAUUUAACCCAGCCGAGGUUAUUCACUCAUUAGAGUGUUGAAUUAACUCUCAGGUGUUAAUUUCUCGCAGCCGACUUAUUUGGCUGUCUUUGCACCUUGUAAUAUUAUCUUGUCAAAGUGUUGAUUUAGCUACUCUCUUUUAUUACUGUUAUACAGUUGCUUGGGGUCGGUGGGGUUUCCUAGUGGUUCGCUAGUCAUGCCAAUAGAAAAAUACAUUAUAUUCAUAUCAAAAGGUCAGUUACUAACAGUUCAAUUGUAAAACCUAGGUCUUACAUUCCAUAUGUAAUACCCUAAAGCAGGUUUAAAAACGUCAAUUGAAAAACUUAUGCCUUCCAAUUCAAAAUGUAAAAUAUCUGAGCAUGUCUCACUUGUAAGAAGUAGUGGCGGUCGGGUAGCCUAGUGGUUAAAGC